CUAAGUGCCCGUGCCGGCAGUCGAGUUUGAUUCCUCGAAAGUGUCACACGCCACUCUCACGUUCCUCCCUGCGUUCUUUGCGGCCGUCGUCGAUCGCGCACGCGUUUUAUCCGCCACCGCCAGCUUGUUACCGAUUCACAAACCUAAUCGAACCUUAGUAACCUAAGCGGGAGAAUAUUAAAAAAAAAAAAAAUACAAAUAUUUGUCCAUCUUUACUGGUGCGGGCACGUGUUGUGUGUGUUUCCGUACGCGUCCGAAUCGUGCUCACCCGGUCAUGAGGUGCACGGUCGCGGCAACGAUGCUCAUCGCCGUUCUGGCCGUCACCGUACCGCGGGACGGUGCUUGCGCGCCAGACGUCGGCGACACGCUGAUGGACAUGCUGGACAUCCGUACGGCCGAGAACCGCACCGCCGCCGACUACCGGAUACCCGGUUACAUGUACGCACUGUACCGGGACACGGGCAACCGGCAGCUGCUACAGCGUUACGACUUGAUCCGGAGCGUCUCACCGCAGACAGAACCGCUGGGCACACAUACGCUGUACGUCUAUGACCUGAGCGCGUUAAAACCCACCGAGAUAAUAGAAAAAGCAGUCCUUCGACUGGAUUCCGGUACGAACCGCCAGUCGAACAAGACCGUCAACGUGUCGUUAUUCUCCCAGAACAAACACGCGGUCUCCAACUCGUACCUGGGCUCGGCCAAUAUCACCGACACCGUUCUGGACUUGGCCCGCAGCUUGGGCCCGCGGUCGGCAAAUGGUCUAAAACGGCUGAUCGUGCGAGUGGAAGGUUCGGCGAGACCGUCUAUUGGGCUCGUGUUGUACUCGAUGAACACCGCGAACGCGCCCGUGAAGGGCCACGAGAUGGCCAAGUUGCUGUUCGAAGCCAACAACAAAAGACGUAGACGGUCCGUGGUUGACAACGAGGUAGACGUCAAGAAAAACUCGUUCACGGAUGAAACGAAACGGAAGAGGAAAAAGAAAAAAGGAUCGAGAGCCAGCAAGCUACAGGCCGUGGACGCGGGCGAUUCGAUAGCGUUCGUCGACACGGACCAAUGCCGCAUGGAGAAGCUAGUGCUGAACUUCGCAGACAUCGGCUGGGAGGACUGGGUGAUCUACCCGAAGGGAUUCGAGACCAACUACUGCGCGGGCGGCUGCCUGUUCCCGCUGGGCAAAGGGUCGCGGCCCACCAACCACGCGACCGUGCAGAGCCUGGCCAGGUCGUUCGGCCGGCUGUGGGACGUACCGGAACCGUCGUGCGUGCCUGACACGCUGGCCCCGCUCACCCUGCUCUACAUGGACCGGUCCAACCACGUGCUGCUCAAGAGCUACCCCGACAUGAGGGUGGUCACCUGUUCGUGCAAGUAAACACACGCAACGGACAACACCGUGUAACAAGCACUGUAUGCCUGAGGCGGCAAUACCACUGCAUUGGUUCUCUCAGAAAUCGAUACGGCUCGGGCGUCCGAAAAUUCCGUGUACAUAUAAAUGUAUAUAUAAAUUUUAUUAAGUUUUAAGUUAGAAACCCAUGAGCGAAUCGAAACCGAACACAUCUCCGGUUAUAUAGAAGUUGGCCACCGUCGAUACGUACCCUUACCGUCGUAAUCACGAUAUUGUGACUGUGUCUUGUGCCAAAAUAUGUUCAUAAUAAAACGACUGAAUAACCGACAACGUACAUAAUAUUAUUUCGAUGCACACCGCCAUUUUUCGCUAGGUAAAUUUUUAUUUUUUUUAUUUUAUAAAUUCUUAUGACUUUUUACACCGUCCCGAUGUCUAAUCGAUACUCUAUGCCAACGUUACGUUAAGUAAUACCGUAAACGUACCGGUAAAAACUGUCGCUUCACCAAACAUUACCCGAAUCGCUCGUUGGCCACCGGUACCGUCGAAGACGGUCAUCUUGUACAGUUUCUCACAUAAAUCUGUGUUCGAGAAUGACGAUAAACGGAAACGAGGAUUUCGUCUGCGUCAUCGCAACACACGGUAUUAUAAGAUAUUCGGUGGACACGGCUAUAGUUUUACUAUCCUCGUACGUGUACGCAGUUGGUACCGACUUCGGUAGUGCUUCAGCGUCGCUCCGACUGUGAAUAUAAAUUAUUGUUGUCUCGUCAUCGCAUGUAGUGAACCGUACGCGAUUUGUAUGUCAAGUACGUACGCGUAUUGUUUUUGCAUCGCGAAAUGUGCGCAGAAGGACGAUAACGGCGUGUGAAAAAUAAAAUCGUAGUUAGUUAUGUGUUCGAAUACGCGUAAGUGUUUGUAAAUUGUAAUUUUUUUUUUUUUUGUAUUAUACCUCGUAUUCUAUGUGGAUACGAAAGAUAAUGUGAAAUCGAUGAUAAGAUAUCGGACGAUGUGUCUAAAGAAUACGUUCUUCGUUGUUUUUCAAAACUAUUUAUUAGACUUCAAAGUGUAAUAAUAUUGUAUUGUAUUCAAAUACGAGUCGGUUGCGCACAUUUGCUGGAAAUAUUCAUAUAUUAUAUACGUUAUUGUCCGAUAGUAAAAUAUUAUAUUAUACUACGUUACAUUA